AUGUCAAAUGUAUUAAAUAGAUAUGAUGUGUCGAUUGUAUGUGUUUUCAACCAAUCAUUAAUUCUGGGAUGUAGUGAUACUGUCUUAUAUACAAAUGAUAAUACUCUUCCGUUACGGGAGAGUUUGGUGAAAACUGCAGUGCAAUUUCUACAAAACCCUAAAGUGUCGUCGAGUCCAUUGGUGCAAAAACAAGAAUUUUUUAAGAGGAAAGGUCUCAUGGAUGAGGAGAUUAAAACAGCUUUCAAGCUGGCGUCGGUCGACAAUGUAGCUGAUCGCAAUGCUAUUCAAAGUCAGAAUCCAUACACCGCUGUACAAAUGCCAUCAGAAUCCGUUUAUCCAUAUCGUCAAAUGAGUGUUUACCGACCAACGUUUUUGCACAAAGUCAAAGAGAUCUUUAAUGCAACCGCAUUAAUUGGCGUGACAGUAUACUGCGCGUAUUGGUUUUAUAAGAGCAACCUUCGUGGCAUACUUCGGUGGUUGGAUAUUCCGAGAAGCCAUCCACAUUUGCACUACACUGUCAACUGAAAACUCCAUGAUCAAUCUUGCUUUGCAAUAAGUUGAUUGGCUUAAGUCAUUAAAUGCAUUUUUCAAAAUUAUUAACAUAAUGAUCGGUAUUCAUAGUUAGAUUUUUUAUAUUUAAUACCAUCUUAUUUUAAGUUUAUCCUAAGAUGCUUGAACAUUUCACUGGCUAUGUAGUAUCUAGAUAGGGUAUAAAGGAUGAUCUGACAAAUAUAAGAUCUGACUAUGAAUACCGCUCAAUAACACUGUAACUCAAUCGAAUGUUCACUGUAGAAAAUUGCUUGAAAACGCUUGGCUGGCAAAUUCUAAUUAAAGAAAUUCAUUGCGAAAAACAU